AUGGCAGCUGAGAUCAAAGUCGCAGUCGCUUCGAACUCCCUAGGCAAGUCCGCCGCCGGGCACACCAUCCACCGCAAACUCCAAGGCGCCAAAGCACACGGGUUUGACGGUGUCGAACUGGCCUUUGAAUGCCUCGACGCUCAUGCUUCAACCUUCGCUUCAUCACAAUCUCGGAAGGACCGCCUCUGUGCGGCUGCCAAGGACAUUUACGAAAUCGCAUCGUCUUUGGGUCUUGAGCUCAUCGCGCUCAACCCGUUUGGGGCGUACGAUGGACUUAGAGACCCUAGAGACGUAGACGUGCGCCUCCAAGAAGCGGAGCUCUGGUGUCAGCUUUGUCAGAUUAUGCAUAUCGGCAUUUUCCAGAUCUGCACGGCUCUGUACGGGGUAGACGAAAGCAAGAUCACCAACGAUCCAAGGGUCAUCGCGGAGAAUAUGCGCAAGCUGGGCCAUCUAGCGCAAAGAUAUGGUCUUCGAGUCGCCUACGAAGCACCCUCGUGGGGGAUCCACAACAAUACCUGGCAGCAAGUGCAAAGAAUAUUAGAACUUGUUGACCUGCCGAAUGUCGGCCACUGUCUAGACACCUUCCACAUCGCGUCGCGAGAAGCAGGCAACCCGUUCAAUUCGAAGGCCCCAAUUCGCCCGAAUGGACUCCAGAGUCUCCAGGCCAGUCUCGAUGAACUGAAACGCAAUGUCAACCCGACAAAUAUUGUAUACUUCCAACUCUCUGACGCAAUGGUAGCAGAUCCCAAACAAACGGGGUACCCGCGUCAGGAUCUGGCGCAGCCGCCGUUCAUGACGCAGUCGCGUAACUGUCGGAUUUAUCCUUGUGAAGAGAAGCAUGGGGGCUGUCUUCCGGUUGUUGAUGUGGCGAAGGCGGUUUUUGGUUUAGGAUACAGUGGGUGGGUGUCUAUGGAGGUUUUUCAUACUGACAUGUGGGAGCCGCGGACCUCGUGA